CUACCGACUCACUCUCACCACAAUAUGAACGUCCUCCUAUUCUGGAUGGGAAACAGCCAUAGACACAAUGCCCAUUUGUAUAGAAUGUCGCUAUCCCGUCAAAACUCUCUAUACUGAAUACUCUGGCGCCGACGACCGUUCAAGCGGCCAUGGCGUCCGACUCACAGUAUGCAAGAACUGCGGGAGAUUCUGCGACAAGUACGUGGAACAUGAUUUCGUGGUGCUAUUCAUAGAUUUAGUGUUGAUCAAGCCGCAAGUAUAUCGGCAUCUCCUCCACAAUACUCUGAUGAGAGAGCAUGAUCAGUUCGAUUCUUCGAUCAUCCGUCUCGGCACCCUUCUCCUCCUCUUCGACGUUUAUCUGACCUGGGCCCGCAUCGAAAAGCAAACCUCUGCAAAUGCUGCUGCGAACGAUAUCAAUAACAGUAACUUUCUCCGCCUGACCCAGCAACCUAUUGUCUUCCAAUAUAUCUUCUUCCUUAUCCUCUGCGCUCUCUCGACCCUUGCGUUCCACGUAUCAAUCCGCUUCCUCACCUCCUCCGCGCUCUCCCCACUCGUCCUCUUCGGUUUUAUCCCCCGUUACCCUCGCCCGAAUUCCGUCUCAACGGCUCUCCUCGUUAGUUCCUCGACCAAACUUUUCCCUAUUUUGAUGGUGAUAUGGGAGUACGAUGUGCCCGCGGCCGCGAGGAGUUUGGGAUGGGCAGUUGUAGCGAAUAAUGUCGAGGCAUUGAAGAUACUGCUUGAUUGCGGAUACGGAACUGCAGCUCUUUUGGCUACGGUAGGAGCCGUUAGUCGAUGGUUGGUUGGGAGAGGAAUGCUAUGGGCCGUCGGGUUAGAUGGGGUAGAUACAGUUGGUGAUUCGGGGGUCGCGGCUGAUGGGAAGGCAUUGUGGGCACUGGUCGAGUUGGGGAGGGAGUGGGGAGGGAGGUUAGGUCUAGGGUAAUGGCAGCGGUACUGACGCAUCAUGAAUGAAUGAUAUUAUAUGGUCUAGCUUCUCAGGCUACUGUCCUUGCCUGUUCACGGACAGCAGCGUCGGGUGUCAACAUCCACCUAAUAACGAUUAUCUGAC